AGAGAUGUCUGACGAAGAUCUUUUUGAACAGACAGGGCAGUACGAACCCGUCACAACUCGCAUUCGUAAUAUACUCCGUGAAUACAAGGAUGGCGUUGGUAUUUUCAAAGAAUUGAUUCAAAAUGCAGACGACGCUGGAGCUACAAAAGUCAAAUUUUUGGUGGACUGGAGACGAGGAAGAACGAGGAGUCUUUUCUCCCCUGGCAUGGCUGAAUGCCAAGGACCAGCAUUGUGGGCUUACAACGAUGCUGUUUUCACUGACGAUGAUUUUGAAAACAUCAACAAGCUUGCAGGAGAAACGAAAGUUGAAGAUAUUUCAAAGAUUGGUAGGUUUGGUCUUGGUUUCAACGCCGUCUAUCACCUCACAGACGUCCCAAGUUUCAUCAGCCGAGAACACUUGGUGGUAUUUGAUCCGAACACUCACCAUUUACAACAUCACAUUAGGGACAGAUCCCGUCCUGGAAUUCGUAUCAAUCUUGCCAAGCAACCGCAGUCGCUAACACGUUUCCAGGAUCAGUUUCAACCAUACAAUGGCGUCUUUGGUUGCAACACAACGCAAACACGUGAAGCAUUCCACUACGACGGAACAUUAUUCCGAUUCCCUUUCCGCACGGCCGCCCAGGCAAGAACUAGUGAUAUAAUCAAAACCUCAUAUGGUCGAGACAAGAUUCAAGCCAUUGUUUGUAGCAUCUGCGAAUGCGCUUCGAAUCUGUUGAUCUUUUCCCAACAUGUAAAAGAGGUAGAAAUCUUUGAAUUGGAUGGAUUGAACGAACCAGACGAAAUGCGAUUGGUGUUGUCUGUAAAUAAACCAACUUCGCAACCAUUCAAACGACAAGGGGUAAACAACACGGAACCUUUUAUAAAGCAGUGCUCGAGAUGGUGGAAACAAUACCGUGAACCUCAAAUGCGUUGCACUGAAUUCCCAUCCGGUUGUGAGCUUGUUAACAUAGAAACGACAAAAGAGCAAUCUGAAUUAAGUGGAUGUGACCGUCGAUCCAGCAGUAAUCAAAUGUGGCUUGUAGUAUCAGCCAGUGGGACCAACACUUCGCUUGAAAUCGCUCGUUCACCGGAAGGUCGAGCUCGUGGCUUCUUGCCCUGUGGGGGGGCAGCGUUUGUCAUUCAGAAGGCAUCGGAGGAAGGCUGGAAAUCUGGCGUUGAUCUAGAUAACUUGGGGGAAUUGUUUUGUUUCCUUCCGUUGUCUAUUCCUACUGGGCUUCCUGUGCAUGUUAACGGCUACUUCGCAAUCAUGUCUAAUCGCGUUGAAAUUUGGAAACGAACGAGUUUGCGAAGCCAACCAGUCGAGGUGAAGUGGAACGAAGCACUGAUGGAGGACGCAUUAGCCAGGGCUUAUAUCAUGCUUCUUGAAAACUUGAAAGAUUUAAUUGGUCAUAUUCAGGAAUACAAAUUUCACAGUCUGUGGCCAAGAGGUGACACCGUUGAUAUGAAAUCUUGGGAAAAAUUGGUUCAGAAAAUUUGCAGUGUCUUGUUGGAUCCCACAACCAAGUUAUUUUACAGCGAUGGAAAUUGGAUGAGCAUCAACGACGCUGUCAUACUGAGCGAUGAUUUUUCCGAAAUCUACGACACAACAGUAGAAAUAUUGAGGUCCCUGGGGAUUCACGUUGUAAGUCUUCCUCGUGAAAUAUAUAAUACCCUGGCAAAGUUUGAUCAACGUGGCAUUCUUCAACGACGCACUUUGUCCUUUACAGAGUUUAUGAAGCAGCACUUUUUUCCAAAGAUCAAAACUAUUUUUCCAGUUCAACGAGAUAAAAUCGUGUGCUUUGGUUUGGAUCGAAUCUUGAGAGCUAGUGGAUCACUUCACUCCAAUCUUUCCCAAGGCCAAGAGAUCAGUGCUUUCAAACAAAAUGCCUGUAUUUCAGUUUCAGGAUGUGGGAAAAUUCUCGCGAAGCCUUCUGCACUUAUCCACCCGUUCAGUUCUGCGGCUAAGUUGUUUUCCGAACAAGAUAAUCGUUUCCCAAUUGGAGAUGGCCUGUGUACUGCGAUCAGAUUGCAUGUCUUGAAAAAGCUUGGUAUGGUGGAAGAUCUAGAUUGGGCCGGAAUCUUUGAAAGAGCUCAGUCGGUCGCUAAAACUAGAGAUCUCGAACGGUGUCGAAAGUUAAUCGCGUACAUGAACAAGCGAAUAGAUGAACUGCAGCCACCUGGUCAAUAUCGCACUGCUUAUCGCACUGUUAAGUUUCUGCCAGUGCUAAAAAAUCUGAUCAAUCAUUAUCCUUUACCAUGGAAAGGAUCGUCAGGUUCCGCAUUUUGCUCACCAGACAAUGCUUUCUUACGAAAAGAUGCAAAGCUCGUCGGAUCUUCCUGUCUAAUCGUUGAUACAUCGGACGAAACUGGUUGUGGAAAGAUGAAUGCAAAAGUGAAAACUCUUUUGGGAUUUUCUAGUCGUCGGCCUGAAAAUAAGUUGGUCGUUCACCAGCUGGGCGCAGCGCAUAUGUUUUGGAGCCAGUUAUCAGAUGAAAGAAAACAAAAAACUGAAGUGAAGUCUGCCAUUGAAUCCAUCUGCCAAGAAAUUUACCAAUUUUUUAAUGAUAGAAUCGUAGAGAAGGCAAAAGUUGAAAUAUCCCUGAACAAGCUAAAGAAACAACCUUGGCUGUUUCUUGAAGGCAAAUUUGUGCAUAGCGAAAAAGUAGCCUAUGUGUCCAUGGGAAACGGAGCUCCAUUUCUUCUGACCCUACCAGACAGCUACAAAAGGAACUAUCCGAAACUUUUUUUGUCGAUGGGAAUCAAACGUCUCUUUAGUGUUAAAGAUUACAUCGACGCUCUUUACGAACUAGAAAACACGAAGCGUGGAAGUGCUCUCAGUGGUGAAGAAUUACAAACUGCAAUAUUUUUCAUCAGUCAAAUAGAUGUACAAAAUCCCGUCGUGAAGAAUUACAUUGGUGAGAUUCCACUUCCGGACACUGAUAGCAUUCUCCGACGAAGCAAAGAUGUCGUGGUCAAUCUGAGCUUAUGGCUUGAACACCCAGAGAAAACGCUGAAAGUUCACGAGAGGGUGCCACCACACAAGGCACAUGAUCUUGGUGCCAAAUCCUUGAAGAAGGUAAUAUUGAAGAAGUAUUCACGUCACAUUGGCUACGGAGAGUCAUUCGGGCAACACGAGGAGUUAACUGAACGACUAAAAGGAAUUCUGGAUGGAUACCCGGCUGAUGGAAUACUGAAGGAACUUGUGCAAAACGCUGACGAUGCUCAAGCCUCGGAAAUACACUUCAUACACGAUACUCGGAACCUUGGUUAUCAAAAAGUGGUGACAGAAGAAGGAAUAUCUGCGGAGAUACAAGGACCAGCACUUUGCGUGUACAAUGACAGACCAUUCACAGACAAAGACCUGGAGGGAAUUAAGAAUCUUGGUAUUGGAAGCAAGCGAGAUACUCCAGGAAUGACAGGAAAAUAUGGAAUUGGUUUCAAUUCCGUUUACCAUCUUACCGACUGUCCCAGCUUUUUAUCCAACGACGACACUCUUGUGUUUCUCGAUCCUCAUUCCCGAUAUUUUGAUGAUGAUCGUGGCCAAUUAUUCAAAGCCAUGGAUGCAGAAUUUCGAGAUCUCAACUCGGAUACACUCGAUGGAUAUCUUCCUGGCAAAUUUAACCUUAAAGGCUCUACUAUGUUCCGUUUUCCCUUAAGACAAAAAGGAAGUGAAUCCAAGAUAUCCAAUGUUUCCCCAGAUAUAGAGAAACUUCUGCAGACCUUUCAUACGGAAGCACAAAAGUCGUUAUUAUUUCUUAAUAAUAUUAAGAAGAUAACUCUUUCAAGGAUUGAUUCAAAUGCCAGACUGGAAAAGAUAUUUUGUGUCGAGUCCGUGAUAUCUCUGGAGGGUGAGGGAAAGCGUCAGCAACUGGCACGAAAAGUUUCCCAUCUCAAGAAUAUUCCUACGACAGAAAUUGAAUGGCAAGGAAUCAAUUACAUACUAGAAAUAAAAUUAAAUAACCAGAAAGUUGAAAAGUGGUUGAUACAAAGGUGCGUUGGGUCGACAUUUGCUGCGAAAAAGAGAAAUGAAAUCCCGGAUGGUCGUAGACUUGGUCUUCUACCGCGUGGUGGCGUUGCAGCUCGACUAUGGACGCGUUCAUCAUCUUUCGUAAAUGGAACUGCGUUGCGUGGGAUAGCCUACUGUUUCCUGCCCCUGCCGCAGAAUUACACUGAUCUUCCUGUUCACGUCAAUGGUCAUUUUGCGUUGGAUAGCACAAGACGAGGGCUUUGGACCGACACUGAUGGAAAAGGAGUGAAGUGUGAAUGGAACCACUUUAUAAAAAGCUCUGUAUUACCACGUGCCUACGCUAAUUUGAUCAUUGAAGCUCGUAAUCUGCUCUGUAUAGACGAAAAUCAAUUUUCACUUUACCAUAGUCUGUUUCCGAGUUUGAGAGAGAAUCCCUGGGAAAUUCUUACCACUGAAUUGUAUCGUUAUCUUGGACAGACAAGAGCUAAAGUGCUGCCAUUGCUGGUUCCAGCUGAGGUUCCAGGAGACGAGGCAACUACUAGUUCUGGAAGGUCCAUCUCUUCCUACAAGUCAAAUACGGCAGCUCCUAAGCAAUCCCAACGCGUACGCUUUACUCUCGACGAUUGGCUCUCUGCUGACCAAGCCUACUUUAGGAAUUCUGAUCAAAAUACUGAUUUUUUGUAUCUGUUGAUACGAAUUGGCCUUCCUGUGUUGUUAUACACUCCAUCUCGGAUAUACAAUGGUUUUUGCUCAGUUGGUGUGACUUCACAUGAAGUAAGUCCAAACAGCGUAAUUGGUUUUUUAAGAGAAUUCGAUUCUAGCACAUCUCCUUGCAAAAUUGGCAAUCUCCCAAAAUUGUUGCAAUUCACUGUGGUCGAGAAUAUUCCGGAAUUGAAGGCCCUAGUAGAAUAUUGUCACGAGGAUGAAAAUUUCGGCAAACACUUGGAAGGCUUGCCUUUGUUGUUAACACAAGAUGGCUACCUGAGAAUCUUUGAGUCACGUCAUCCGGUGUUCCGUUCUAUAUUCGGGGACCUCGUUCCAACGCAGUCGCACUUGUUUAUUCAUUCUGAAAUUGUCCAUCAAAUCCCAUCGGACGCUAUCAAAUCGGAGGAAGAUAUUGUUCGCAUUUUUACUGAAAAAGAUCUCGCACGAUUACUGCCGCACGUGUUUUCAGCCAAAGCGUUGAGCGCCAUCAAUAAUCAUGCAACGUGGAAAUUUCCAAAGGCAGGAAUUUUUUCAGAAAGGUGGUUUAAGCGACUUUGGGAUUUCCUUCAAAAUUAUACAAAGCCUGAGGCCGAUGAAGAAUCUGUUUCCUUAGAAUGCUUAUCAGAAUGGCCAAUUAUUCCGACAACGUGUGGAAAACUUGUGACGAUCAAGGAGGCGAAAUCUGUUUUGGACAUGACAGUUGUUGGAAAUGAGUCGGUGCAACAAGAAAACGUUCGCGCAUUCUUGGUAAAACUGAAGUGUCCAGUACUAAACAAGAAAAUGACAUUUCAAAUGAACUCUCUGGGACUAUUUCGCGCCGUAACUGAUCCUUAUGUUGCUCACCCUCACAAAGUCGAAGAUGUUUUAUUCGUUCUUUGUCACAUGUUGAAGACAAACGAGCUCGACAUCUCAAAGGUUUACGAAGAAGAUAUUCGUGUCUUUCUUCGGUUUGUACAAGAUGACUACGAAAGGUCCGAAAAUUUGGUAAGAUGCAAGAAAAUGGUAAAGGAGUUGCCUUUUCAUAAAGCAUUGGAUGGAAAGUUUGUGACUUUGCUCGGUCGCUAUUCUUCUUAUGCUCUUGUUCCGCCUGGCGUUCCAACACAACAGCUGAUGAGCUUCAAAACCAAACAGAAUUUUCACCAAAGAAAGUCAAAUGGAACAUUUAAAGUACGUAAAGGACAUGUUUUCCCGUCUUUUCCGCAAGGUGGGUCACCUGACAAGAUCAAAUUCCUAAAGAGCAUGAAAGAAACGCCUUGUAUUCCCGACAAAAAUGACCGCCUGCAUUUCGCAACCGAGUUCUUCGACCCGAAGAACAACCUUUUCAUGGUUAUGUUUGCAGGCGAUGGUGAGAAAUUUCCUCCCCCGCCAUUCAACGAUUUAGAUUGGUUGAAUCUACUUGAAAGUAUUGGACUGCAGGUUGAAGUUACACCUCAAUUAUUCAUUGAAUUUUGUGGAAGUGUUGCCAGGAAUGGUGCAGGUUCUCCUGAAGACCAACUAACCCGUCUGCAGUCUCAAUGGUUAGUAAAGUGUCUUUUUUCGGAGAUGGUUUUGAGAGAUGGGGAAUUCUUAUCACAAGUGUCGCAGAUUAAGUUUGUUGCCUCUGGUGAGGUUGAGGAUGAACUAUCCUCAAUACACGAGCAGUACCAGCGUCAACAUAACAAGUGUCCACCUUUCAUUGAAUUGCGCAAUGCAGUGCCAUGGGAUUUUAGAUAUAUAUCCUGGACUACUGUUCCUGUUCUCCCAGACUGGGCAGAACGAAACCAUAUGGCCGAAUUGAAAAACCUUGGUAUUGCCUGCUCCGGACCUGCUUACACCAUAGUCGUCGAUCACCUGCAAAACCUAGUCAAAUCGUCUUGCCUGGAGUCAGUUGAUAAAGAUCUUUUGAAAAAAAUAACCGAAUCAAUUUAUCGUUUUCUUUUUGGUGCUUUGCAAUGCCCCAGCCGCAACCCUGAUGACGGAUGCAGUGACAUUUGUGUGAAUAUUGGUACUAAACUGAAAGAUAGCUCUUGUAUAUUUCUACCGGAGGAUAACACAUUCGUGACAGCAGGACAAUUGGUAAUGAAACCACCAGAAAAAUUUCCAUUCAAACCAUUCUCUUCCUGCACCAACAGAAUUUAA